AUGUCCCACAGUACAUCCUAUUAUUUUAUUCUUUCGUCGACGAUCGGCUGCUCGUUGAUCGUUGUCGCAUCAUUGCUGACUCUUUACUCAAUUUCUCUUGAUAUUCAACAAUUUGAAAUGAAUAUCAACAGCGAAAUGGUUCAUUUCAAAUCUCGAGCCAAUGAUGUUUGGAAUAAAAUGGUUCGAGAAAAUCUUCCUCAGAAUCAAGCAACGUCUCCAUCAUUUGGAAGAUAUAUUCUUGCAAAGAGAGCUGCUGGAUAUGCAACCGGCGGAGGUACAGAAAGAGAAUGUAACUGUGCUGCUCAAUCAACUGGUUGUCCAGCAGGACCACCAGGAGCACCAGGAGAAGAUGGAGCGCCUGGAGAGCCUGGAACCGCUGGAACUGAUGGAGAGAAUGGAGCUGCAGGAGUUGCUGAUAGUUUCCUUGGAGUCGAAGGUAACUGUAUCAAAUGUCCUGCUGGACCACCAGGGCCACCGGGACCAGAUGGAAAUGCUGGACCAGAAGGACCAUCAGGAGCUCCUGGAGCUGAUGGAGAUGCUGCUGGACCAGGAGAAGCUGGACCAGCAGGACCAGCCGGACCACCGGGGCCAGAUGGGCAGCCAGGAGCACCAGGACCAAAUGGACAACCAGGAGCCGCAGGAACUACAAGUACCAACGAACCGGGAUCUCCUGGACCGGCUGGACCUCCAGGACCAGCUGGACCAGCUGGAGAAGACGCUGCUGCUCCAGAAUCCCCACCAGGACCACCGGGGCCACCGGGCCCACCAGGAAAAGACGGAGAAGCAGGAGCUCCAGGAGCGCCAGGAGGGCCAGGAACAGAUGGAGCACCAGGAGUCGACGCCGCCUAUUGUCCAUGCCCACCAAGAACAGCAGGAUUGGCCCAAGAAGCUCCAGCAGGUGCUGCUACAGGUGCGGAUGCAAGCUCUGGAGCUGCCGGUGGUGCACCGGAUGCAGGAGCUGGAGCUGGAGAUGGAGCCACAGGAACAUACAGUGGAAGCGCUGUCGUCCGUCGUCGUGCUCGAUUCUAA